AUGCCGGCACUCGCCGCCUGCGGCGCCUACGGAGCCGGCCCGGAGCCCGAUUCUCCGGGAAGUUCGGUCAGCGCCGGGUCCCCGUUCUCCACACUUUUGCCCCUGCCGGUCGCCGGCGCUGUCUGGAGCGGCGGGGGACGGAUCACGAUUGCCAGCCAGAAGAGGCAGCUGCUGAUUGAUUUGACCACGAACUAUCCUGAUGUGUUGGUAGUUAUUGGGAAAACACUUUUAGGAAAGAGUUCCAGAAAAAAGAAUGAGGACAGGAAUUACUUCUGGGAGCAUGGCAUUUGUGGAGACACAGAGACGAGCCUCAGGGAUUGCACUGGCAGAAGCAAGGCUCAUCGAUACUUUGCAUGGAUGCAGCAGGGGAGUAACCUGCUGCUUUUUGUUAAAACAUGGAGCUGUGGAGGCCCGGAGCUGGGAGGUGCAGCCACAAAGUUGCACCUCUGCAGCUUAACCACUGGUUUGUUUUAUAGGUCUGGCACAUUGGUUUAUCCUGUGACUUCCAGAGGAACUCCUGAAUUCCUGAGGAAGAAAAACUGUGUCAAGUGCCACAAAGAGAAUGGACUGACCCCCAAGACAGCUCAGCUGGGUUUUGAUGGGGGAGCAAAAGAGACUCCUCUGAACAUCCAAGAGCACAACAUCCAAGAUACUGUGGCCAGGUUUAUAAAGAAAGAUGAAGUGCUGGUUGGGGAGGUCCUGGGUUUCACACAGGCAACCCAUAUUGAAUUUAAGGAAUGCACUACAAAGAGUAGCUUGUAAUACAUCAGAAAAAAACUUCCUAAAUACGUCUCUGCCUUUGCAAACACUGAGGGUGGAUAUUUAUUUUUUGGUGUGGAUGACAACGGUAAAGUCACUGGGACCCACAGUAAUGUGGAGAAAGUAGCUUUAGAACAAACAGUAGCUGAUGCCAUCAGCUCAAUGUGUGCCCAUCACUUCUGUGGCUCUGGGGCUGGCGUGCAGAUCCAGAUGCACAUCUUGGGUGUUUAUGACCAAGCAGGUUGUUCACAGGGCUAUGCCUGUGCCAUGCACAUUGAGCCAUCUGGCUGCCCUGUGUUCAGUGGUGACCCUGAAUCCUGGAUGGUGCUGGGCACUGUCAGGGAGGAGAGUGUGGGGAACUGGGCACUGACUAAAAGACGGAGUAGCAGGAAAUGGAUGGAGCUCAUGACAGCUGCAGACCCAGAUAAAUAA